AGUUUUCUGUUAGACUUCAACCAGAGUGUUAGAAUGUGUAAUGUUAUUAAUAAUUCAAAUGGAUGUCGUUCCAUCAUUGAUCCAACUCUAAUUGAUGAUGAACGGAUUCUCACCAAUUUACUGUUAAUCCAAAAUCGUUAUGUGAUCAAAUCAUCGUAUUUCCAUUGUGUUCAACCAGAUCUUAGUGUUUCCAUGCGGGAAUGUGUUGCCAAUUGGAUGCUAGAGAUUUGUGAAGAAGAACAAUGUGAGAAAGAUGUUUUCCCUUUGGCGAUGAAUAUUCUUGACCGUUUUCUCUCAUCUGUUACCAUUAAGAAGAGUCAACUUCAACUUCUCGCCUCCGUGUGUUUAUUUCUCGCCUCUAAAUUGAAGCAAUCGGAAUCAAUUGUCACCAGCAAACUAAUUCUCUAUUCGGAUUUCUCUAUCACUGAAGAUCAAUUAAAGGGUUGGGAACUACUGGUCCUAAGCCAAUUAAAGUGGGACUUGGCCGCUGUUACUCCCAAUGAUUUCCUCAACUUAUUAAUCCGACGAUUGCACACUCGGAGCAAAGGAAAGGAAAAGCUAAUGACGAUUAAGAAGCACGCUCAAACCUUUAUAACUCUAUGUGCAACAGAUUUUCGAUUCUCCAUGUUACCUCCAUCUUCCAUCGCUGCCUCUUGUAUAGCCACCGCCAUUCUGGGCCUAACCAGUUUACGGAACAAUUUAUCAUCAACCAAAGAACUUCUUUCACAAUUAUGUAAAUUAACUAGUAUAGAUUUCUCUGAUCUCUUAUCGAUUCGUAAAUCAAUUGAAGAUAUUUUAAAUGAACAGAUCAGUCCUCAUCAUUGAUUAAUCAUCACCCUGCUCUCUCAUCCCUCUACUCCCUCUACUCCCUCUCCUUACAUUCCAACAAAACCCACCUCACUUUUUGCCAAAUUGAUUAUAAACAAAGUAAAAAAGGUUAUUAAUGUGUGUUAGUGAGAAACAAAUACGAAGUGUUCAAGUGAAAACACAACAAAAACAAUCCAAUUUCUUAAAUUGCAACUGUAUAAAGUGAAUAACUGCCAAUUGCUAAUCUCAUGUUUAGUAUCUAAUCUUUUUCUUAAUCUUUUUACACCAUUUUUAUACCUUAAAUAUUAAUCCGUUAUUUCGAUGUGUGUUAAAGCUACAAUAAUUCACGUUAAAUUAAAAAGUCAACUAAUCACAAUUUCGUUGUAAAUUGAACAUAAACCAAAUCAAA